UCUGCAAUCUAUUUCAUCUUGUCUUGUGCUUGCUGUGAAUGAGGAAUACAUCAGUCUUGAUGAUACAAUCAACUUGAAAAGGGGAGAUCACAUUGCUGUUAUCCCACCUCUCAGUGGAGGUUGAUUUGCAAAACAAAAAUGGUGACAACAGAGUCUAAUUUUAUAAACAUAGCAGAACACUGUAUUGAUGUUGAAAAAAUCUCAUCCUUGGUGUCCACCUCUUCAACAGGCGCAACAUCCAUAUUUGUUGGAACAACACGUGAUUCAUUUAACGGGAAGAAAGUAGUGAGACUAGAAUACGAGGCUUACAAAAAUAUGGCAGAGAAAGAGCUUCGAAAAAUUUGCCAAGAUAUUCGACAAAAAUGGUGUGUUGUUCGAAUUGCUAUAUUUCAUAGAAUUGGGCUUGUACCAAUAUCCGAAGCAAGUGUUGUGAUAGCAAUUUCUUCUGUACAUCGUAAAGAUUCCUUGGAAGCAGUGCAAUAUUGUAUCGACCAGUUAAAGGCAAAUGUUCCUAUAUGGAAGAAGGAGGUUUAUGAUGACGGAGAAAGUAUGUGGAAAGAAAACAGUGAAUUCUGUAAGAGAUAAUUUUGUAAGAGUGCGAUGAAGAAUUAUUAAAAGGAGUAUAAAUCUUCUAAAA